AUGAAGACGUACGAAGACUACACUGUUGCUGCGAUAUGUGCCAUAGGAUUCGAAAUGAGCGCCGUACGUUUCAUGCUCGACGGCGACGAACACCCGGGCCUCCCGCGGCAGCCUGGAGACCCAAACCAGUAUAUUCUUGGCCAGAUGAGCGGCCACAAUGUCGUCCUUGCGUGGCUUCCAGCUAUACAGGGCAAGAGUGCCGCUGCGGUAGUUGCCACAAAUCUUCAACGAACUUUUCCGUCUCUGCAGUGGCGUUUCAUGGUGGGCAUCGGAGGGGGGGUUCCGAGUGUGGAUCGAGAUAUCCGCCUGGGCGAUGUCGUCGUGAGCAUGCCCGACGGACUGCAUGGCGGUGUGGUGCAGUAUGAUUUGGGAAAGGACACAGACAGUGGUUUCAUCCUGAAAGGCUUCUUGAAGGCGCCGCUAUCCCAUAUGAGAGCCGCUGUUGUCAAAAUGCAGUCAGAUCAUCUCGUUGCUGAUAACAAAGUGGAAGAGUUCGUCUCAGCCUUGUUACAACGACAUAGGCGGCUUCAAGUCUACCAGCGGCCGCCCGCUGAGACAGACGUUCUAUUUGAUGAUACAGACGAUGGACCGCAGAUCUGCAUGAGGCCAGCCCGCCAAAGCAGUGGCCCCGAAAUCCACUAUGGAUUGAUUGCAUCUGGCGACCGAGUGAUGCGGUCUUCAAUCAAGCGAAGCUCAGAAGUGAAUAACAUAGGAGACAUCCUCUGUUUCGAGAUGGAAGCUGCCGGACUAGCGACAGAGUUCUCUUGCAUCGUGAUCCGAGGCAUUUCGGACUAUGCAGACUCCCACAAAAAUGACACUUGGCAGCAUUACGCAGCUGCAGCAGCUGCCGCUUGCACCAAAGAGCUUCUGGCCUACAUAGAGCCCACUGCUUCUGAGGAUGCUGUUACAGACACAAAAUCGCCGACAGGCGUUGAAGACCAGUCAACUGUGUAUUCCAGUUUUGUUGGCCGUGGAAUUCACAAUGCAGGGAGCGGGAACUUUUCAGUGGGCGGGAACGUACACAUUAGCUAA